CUACCCACACGGAUUCUGUCUUCCUCACCAAGAAAUCAAACGCAGUCCGGAAUCGGUCAAAUUCUACUGGUUUCACUUCAUCAUCAUCCACACAUUAUGAAUGGGCAAAGGCAUUUAGGGAUACGAUUGGGUUUCGCGAUUCCUUAAGAGUCCCAAGAUCUGGAGAAAUAGAGACUGUUGAUUGAAGCAGGUAACAAUAAUGCUUCCACUUAUCAAGCUCGGGACGCUCGCGCUGAAGACGAUGAGUAAACCCAUUGCCGCCCGGCUCAAGAAGGAAGCCGGACGACACCCCAAGUUCCGGAAUUUCAUCAUCAACAUUGCUCAGGCAAACCACAGAAUCACCACAACAAUGCAAAGGCGUAUCUAUGGUCAUGCAACUGAUGUUGAAAUUCGACCGUUGAAUGAGGAGAAAGCCGUGCAGAAUGCUGUAGAUCUUCUUGGAGAAUUUUUCAUUUUUUCGGUGGCUGUAGCAGCUCUUAUCUUUGAAGUGCAACGUAGUGCUCGAUCAGAAGCUAAGAAGGAGGAGCUCCGCCGACACGAGAUGGAGCAAGUGAGGCUUCGAGAGGAAGCAAUGGCUAGGGAAAUUGAAGAGCUUAAACGCAAAAUCGAAGAGCUCGAACAACUAGCUCGGGGGAGGGGGCUUGCCGGUGUAUUCAAAUUCAAAUUGCCCUUGACUGAACAAGCUACCAAGUCAGAAUGACCUGUCUUUUAUCUCACAAAACCCUUACUGCAAAAUAUCAAUAUUUUUCCUUCCAUUCUUUGGCCCUACUUCCCCAUUACUGAUGAAAAAGAGCUCAGAACUUAGCUCAGCUCUUAUUGGCGAUCAUGGUAAAAUAAACCCGAAUUCGGGAUGUGGCCAAUCCAUUUCUACCACAGAAAUUGCAACAAAGGGAGAAUCCCUAUAUAAUAUACACUCAUGCUCCCCUAUCUGGAAAAGCUAUGGAGUAAUAUAUUUCAUCCAAUCUUUUUUUGCACUGUGGAGUGAAGGGUUCCCAUUCCAAGGUGCAUCAAGAAUUGACUUACAAGAGAAUCUUGGAGAUGAUGGUUUUGGUGGGUUUUUCCAAUCUAAAUGUUAAAUUG